GCAGCAUAAGUAGCAAACCGGAUAUUAUUCUCGACAAAACUUCCGGUUUGAUACGUUGUCCGAAAAAAAAAAAGAAAAACCUUGUCACGAACAUAUGUUUAGAAAGAGAGACGGGGAGAGAUCGACAGAGAAGGCCGGAGAGACGGAUGUAUUUAUGAUAUGAGACAUUAGCUGACUUAGUCUUGCCUACAGCAACUCAAAGACAGAGGCGAAAGCAGAUACCAUGUUUAUCUACCAGACUAUGAUCAGCCGGACAAGCGAUGGCCUUCCUCUCUCUGCCAGUACUGACCGCAUAUCGCCCAGUAGUCAAUCUAAAAUCAACUUGCAAGAAGGCUUUCAACAGUUGAAGCUGGUUUGCAAACGAGCAACGCAUUUUGCUGAUAGGUGCAGCUACAUUGUAGGACCGCUUGCCAUAUAUUUUAUUUCAGCUUUAAAUAUAACCUAUUCUGUAUUGUGUGAUGUCUCUUAUCCCUCUGUCUUGGCCUUCUCCUUCCUCAACGAUGUCCAGAGGGAAUUUCUGUUGGAUUAUGACAAAAGCAAAGUUGAUGCUGCACUCAGGCCAUAUUCAUUAAUAGCUUUCGGUAAGUGCAAACACAUUGUUGUUCUUCUCAUUGUCAUUGUGGUCACCCUCAUUGCAGUUGUCAUCUUCAGCAUAUUUUUGUUGUUAAACCCCUCUGGAAUUGGUGGGCGUUACAUUCCCUUGGGUGUUUCCGGUUGUUCCGCUCUCUUUAUGUCAGCUCUGUGCAGUGCCCUGCAUCUACUCCAUGGAUUUAAUGUGCUUGGUACAGGAGUUGUAGAUGUCUAUGAUGAAGAUUUCACACAAUACGCAGCUGCAUUUUUUAUAUCUUUUGUUUUAACAGGUUUCCAGAUUUACCUAAUGUUAGUUCCAGUAAAGAAGAAGACUGCCUUGGCUGGAGCAACUCUUGCCAGUAUUUGUUUAUGUCAACUAUACGUCUGGGAGUACAAGAACAGUAUUGUUGCUAUAUUAUUCUAUGUGGCUGUAGCUUCGUUCACAACAUUUAUUAUCUGUACACGGAGGCUUGAAGAGAAACAGAAACAAUACAUGCUGUAGAAUGUGUUGGCAUGCAAUAUAGAUUGUACACAUUAUAUAUGUACAUGUUUAAAUUAUAUAUACAUAGUUGCAUAUAUAUUUGUGUGUGUGUGUGUGCAUGUGAAUAUAUAUAUCAUCAUUUGGGACAUGGAUGUUAAAGGAUGAAACAUGAUGCCAAUGAUAUAUAUUCUCAUGCACGUACACAUAUAUGUAAACAUAUAUAUAUAUUCACACAUAUUGAGUUGACUGUGUGUAUAUAUAUAUAUAUAUAUAUAUAUAUUGAGUUGACUGUGUAUGUAUGUAUAUAUAUAUACAUAUAUAUAUGUAUAGUGUGUGUGUAAAAAUGUAUAUUUAAAAAUGUGUGUGUGUAAAUAUAUAUAUGCACAUGUAUGUAACAUAUAUGUGUAUAUAUGUAUAUGUAAACAUGUAUAAUUGUCUGUAUACAUACAUAUAUAUAUGUGUGUGUGUGUGUGCAUGUGUGAAAUAUAUUUUUAUUCAACUUUUCAGCUCAUCUCUCAUUACAAAAACAAAAAAAAUAAAUCAUUUUGAAUCAAAGACAAACAUCGUCACAUAACAAAGACUCACUUUUAUCGAAUGAGACACCAAAUUACUUUUCGAAAAACUUUCAUUGUCCGUUCUAACUCAGUGCCUAUAUUAUCAUGUUAUCAUGAGCACAUAUACAAACGUUUGUGCGUGUGUGGCAGCCACCAGCAAUGUGGUUAAAGAGAUGUCCACCUGACCAAGUUUGCGACCUCUUUCUUUCAAUGUUUUUUUGCUGGGACCCCACUUCAUCUAAAUCUGCUACUUCCAAUUUUCUCCUCUCCAAUUUUUUUUUUUUUUUUGUUCCCUACCAUUUCAUCUCUCAUACAGCUGUGGUAUCGUCACUCCAAAAGAAACCUUCCUGUCUUUGAAAUAAACUCAAUAUAUUCUCUGUCAACAGAA